UCGUGGUAAAUACGUCGUCAUCUCUUCUCCGUCUCUCACUCCGGCGAUUUCUCUCUGUUUGUGCGCUAACGGUCAAUUCGUCUGUGGACAACAUAAAUCGGCGGACGAAUACAAAUCAAACGGAAACACGGCACGCCACCAAAACAAAACUACUAAAACCACAGGAGGCCACAAAAGGAGGCCCAUUCGAGUCGGAAAAGCAGCCUGAACGAUUUAUAUCCCAUUGCCCGUCUAACACAGAAAAUGGAGGACGUGCUUAAUGUGUCCAGCAAGCAAGCUGCAGCUGCUCCCCCCGCGGACAAGGAUUGCCCUUAUACCAUUGAGUUGGUUACGCCAGAGGACGCCGACGCCGUGAUAGCCAUGCUCAAGAAGUUCUUCUUUAAGGACGAGCCUUUGAAUACAUUUCUGGAUCUGGGCGAGUGCAAGGAACUGGAGAAAUUCUCUCUGAAACCCAUAAAGGAUAACUGUUCAUAUAAGGCUGUCAAUAAAAAUGGCGAGAUCAUUGGUGUCUUCCUCAAUGGCCUGAUGCGCAGACCCGCACCCAGCGAUGUUCCCGAAAAGGCAGGCGACUCUUGCGAACACCCCAAAUUCAAAAAGAUACUCACAUUGUUCGACCAUUUGGACACACAAUUCAGCAUCUUCGACUUGUAUCCCAACGAGAAUUUAAUUUUGGACGGCAAAAUCCUGUCGGUCGACACCAAUUACCGUGGCCUGGGAAUAGCUGGUCGCCUAACGCAGCGUGCCUACGAAUAUAUGCAGGAGAACAAGAUCAAUGUCUACCACGUGCUCUGCUCCAGUCACUUCUCGGCUCGUGUAAUGGAGAAAUUGGGCUUCCAUGAGGUCUUCAACAUGAAAUUCUCUGACUAUAAGCCCAAUGGCCAGGUGGUUUUCAAGCCCGAUCUUCCUCACGUGGCCAUGCGCACCAUGAUCAAGGAGCUGCAAUCGCCCACAAAGCUGUAAAGUUGGCAGUCCGCUGGAGAAAAAGAGAGAAUGGAUUCUCCGGGAUCCUGUUAGGCAUUUUGUACUAUGUGAUUCUUUAGUUUGUAGUAGCUUUGUUUUGUCGGCGGUGGCGGUUCAACUAAUUUAACUUAAAUUUAAUUUAAUUCGCCAGGCGGAAUAAUUUUUAAGUGUUUUCGUGUUUAGAAUUGUCGUGCUCAAAUGGAUAUCCAAGUCCAAAUAAAUUAUUACCAAUAACAAAAA